AUGGACCAGGCUUCUAAAGAAGAACUGAAACACAAAGAAAAAGGAAAGAAAGCCGAGCGUUCCUGCACGAUCUGCAGCAAUCAUGGAAUCCGAUCAAUGCUAAAAGGUCACAAACGUCAUUGUCCGUUCUUGAACUGUCACUGCGUGCUGUGUGUAAAGGGACGCAAAAAAAGAGGUGUUAUGAAAAAGCAAGUUCGACUUCGGCGAAAACAGAUGAAAGCCAUAGAAAACCAUAGAACUCCUUGCCUUUCAACUGCUGUCGAACCAAUUCAAGGUACGAGACUAAGCCUAUGUUGUUUGUCGUUUUACUAAGUGACAUUUUUUUCUUUGGUGAAAAACCAAACGUUAUCUUGUGUAUCUUUAUGUCUGGCUGAAGUAGUCGUAGAGUCUCGUUUUCUUAGCUUGGUAUUCUUUCAGAGAAACCGUUCAUUGACGGAAACGGAUGUUAUUCAGACGUGCAUGGAAAAUAUUUACGUACUUUGUAGUAGAAUUUUUGCAACUUUUUAGUUGUUUUUCUAAGUUGUUUUUCUAGCUUGUUUAUUUGAAUCUCGGAAAAAUGAGAAACUGGUCUUGUUACUUUUUGUUCUUAAUGGUUUUAUAUGAUGUAGGAAGUUUCUUUUUGUGCUCUUAAAUGUUUUCUUCAGUGUUUUUUAUGGAUUUCUUGCAAAUGAAUGAAAGUUUUUGAUUAAAUUUGCAGUGAGUUUCUCUCCCACGCUCGUGAAAACAGAAUCGCCUUUCCAUGAAGACCAGAAGACCGUUGACGAAAAUGACAAGACGGCAAAAAAAGAAAACGGCGGAUUGAUUCAGAGCGUGUCCAAAAUUUUAAAUUCCCAAUUCGAGGUCACCAGACAACAGUACCCAUUCAACAACAGUGUUUAUCUACCUACACCUUACCAGCUCCCAUGGAGUGUAGCAGAUGUUUACUUGGGUGGUUUCUAUCAAAACAGUUGGCUUAGAACUGAACCUGGGACAGCCUCCUGCUACGUGAUGGAACCUCUACCCUGCCCUAAUUUUACUGUUUCGGACAACAGUGCCUUUGUGAAGUACAAUGUUUCCCCAAGAAUAGAGAGCAACUCUUUCAAAUUUAGUCUCAAUUCAUCCGCUGAAGCCGCCGCUGUUUUGGCGUCAUUUGCAGGAAAUCAGAAGCAUGGAAAACCGAAAUGUGAAAGAAAAUACACUUUUGACCCAUGCUUGUCCUAA